AUGGAAUAUAGUUGUCGAUUCUUUGAUUUUUCUGUUCCUAAUACAAUUUUGGAUCGUAAUAAGAUUCCAAUAGCAACUAAAUGUCUGACUAUUGCGUACACUUCGUUAACCCUAAUUUUAUUUGGAUUGAGAUGUUUCUUAUAUUUCAACCAUAAAACAGAUCAAUCUGUUGUGAUGAAUUUUAGUGACAUAAAUAUCCCUGCAUUACAAUUGGUUCCGAGUAGGAUUUUAAAAUUCCCAUAUUCUAUUGUUUUGUCAAAUUUGGUGGAUACUAGUCCUUGGAGGUUUGUUUUUAAUUUGAUUAAUUUAUUAAUAGGGGGUUCUUUUAUAGAACGUAAUUGGAAUAGUUCCAAUGAAAUGAUCAAAUUCACUUUAGGAAUUGGCUCUAUAACGAAUUUAGUUGUCUUGUUGAUUACAGUUACUGUACAUUAUAUCAUUCCAACAUGGGUAAGUUUAGAUACUGUUUUAGACGGAAAUUAUACAGUCUUGAUUGGUUUUUCUAUAAUAUAUAGGCAAUUGUUACCUGAAACCACUAUCAUUAAUAUUAAGAGUCCAUCAUUUAUUAGUAAGAAUUUUAGAUUUAAAUUAUUACCAAUUUUCGUUUUAACAAUAAUGACAUCAAGUCAAUUAUUUGUUUUCCGCCAUUUUUCUAAUUUACUUUCUAUAUGGAUUACAUUUUUCUCAUGUUGGGUGUAUUUAAGAUUUUAUCAAAUUUUACCUCCAAGUGCUAUAGGUAGCUCAACUGAUUAUUAUAAUUCUGUACAAGGUGAUGCAUCGGAUACAUUCCAAUUGAUAUAUUUCUUCCCAGAUAUUAUUAAACCAAUAUUAAGACCAAUAUUUAACAAGACAUAUUUUCUAUUGAAUGAAAAAUUUGGAAUCAUAAAAUCAUUUGGAGAGACAGAUAUAGAUAAGGGUAACGAUAUUGCAGAACAGAGAGGUGCUAAAAAAGUGACAGAUGAAGUUAAGGAUAGACGAAGACAAUUAGCAUUGGAUGUAUUACAGGAGAGAUUAGUUUAA